AAUAGAAAAAGAAAAGGUUAAUAGAACUAACUCUUUCGGCCCAUGGGCCAUCGGCCCAGAACGACCUGACACGCAGACAGCGUGGGCCGUUGACUAGUCUCCGGCUCGCCGCCUUACCAUGGAGCAAUUUGUCAAGAGGAAAAUAAAAGGAUUAAAAAAAGAGAGAGAAUAAUGCGAAAAUAUUUGGGAGGAGAAAUGACCACCACGGACGGGAAGCGCCGGCGCCACCGCUCACCGCCGGCCUCCACCUCCUCCGGCGGCGGCGGCGGCUCCUCCUCAUCUUCUACCCCAUCGGACUCGUCGUCCCCGUCGCUGGAUCUCAUCCCGGACAUUGCCCGCCGCCUCACGUCCCUGGAGGAUUUCUUCUCCCUCCGCGCCUCCUGCCACGCCUACCGCGCCCUCCUCCCGGCGUCGCGCCCGCUCCUGGCCUCCCAGGCCCCGCUCCUCCUCGUCGCCCUGUACCCCUCCUUGGCCGAGGCGCUCUUCCACCCCCGCCUCCGCCGCCUCCACCGCUUCCGCCUCCCCUGGGGCCACCACCUGCCGCCUUCACGGCACACCCUCUUCUACGCCCACGGCUUCCUCGUCACCGCCACCACCGCGGCGAGCAACUACCCGCCGAGGCUGCUCCUCCUCCACCUCUUCACCGGGGAGCAGCUCCGCCUCCCCAAGGUCCCCGCACCCUUCUCUCGCGUCAUCCUCACGGCCGACCUCCUCGUCGUCAUCUUCUUGCCUGGCCGGGCGACCGUGCAGCACUGCCACCCAGGGGAUGCGCUCUGGCGCGUGGCCUCCGCCGCUGCACCCCACGUGUUCGACGAUUUGAUCUUCGUCAACCGCACCCUCUACGCGCUGGUUGGACUCCGUCUUGCCACGCUCGCGCUAUCAGAAAAUUCGUUGGAGCUGUCAUUUCUGGGAGGAGAGUAUGAUGACGCGAACAGGCCGGCGGGGGACCGAUUCAUGCUCGGGGAGUGUGGAGGCGAGGUAUUGCUCAUCAGCGUGGAGAGCGAGGACAGGAUUGUGUACCGCGUUUUCCGUUGGGUGUCUGAGGAAACGAAAUGGGAGAUGAUCACCAAAUUGGGCGGGCGAUCUCUGUUUGUUGGUUUAGAUGGAUUUGCAGCUUGCAUUGAUCAAGGUUAUCCAGGGAUUCGAGGGGAUUGCUUAUAUGCAGCUGGGCUGCGCUUAGGUGAAUGGCAUGAGUAUUCCUUGGUUGAUGGAACCUGUGAUGUCUGCUAUGCUGACUAUCCAGGUGCGCCACCCCUGAACAACAGUUCACUGAUCAGGCCCUCAGUUUGGAUCUUCCCUAACUUAUGUUGAGGCAAGCAUGAGAAGUGUUCAUCUUGGAUCAAUGUUGAACCCCUCGGGCUCACUUGGGCAAAAAGAAUGGUAAUGCUUGAUUAUUAGCUUGCUUACCAGAUCAUUACUGUAACCAAUCUAUUCAUGCAACAAUCAGUACUUGAAUCUUAUUAGACUAGUCAAUUGUUGUUUUGGUUGAUGUAGUUAAUACUUUUGCUGAAUUUGACCACGGAAGCAAUAUAGUUUAAUCCCCUAAAAGCUUAAUACUUUGCUUUAUGUGCUAUGCAACUUGUGGAGAUAUGUAUGAAGCCUCUUUUGCAUUUAUUUUGUCG